AUGUUGGGGUACCCUCUGGACGGUCAGAAGAACACUGUGACGAUGACCCCGGGCUUUAAGAUGAAGAGGCCUAGAAGUCCUGAUCUAAUAGGGAUCGAAAACUACAAGAGACAGAGAUUGAUAUAUGACUUUGAGCACCUAUCCUUGGGAUCAAGAAGUAACGAUGGAGUAAAAAAGCAUAAACUUGACUCUGGGCUGAGCUCAUUCAAAACUGUAGUUAGUAAACGGAUGUGGGAGGCAGUAGAGCGGGAAUUAAGUGGAUCGAAUAAAAAUGAUAAGCUAUAUGAGAAGAUAUUUGAACAACUGCGACAAUAUAGCAUGCAAGUAAUAAAAUGGUAUGAUUGGCGUACUGUGAUUAGAGACAUGUGGACUAAGUGGUGUAUAUAUAAAAACAUCCCCAUAUUGGGCUACACAUUCUCAAAUACAAAUGGUAAUUUGGAUGCAGAUAUGGAUAUAGAUAUGGAUAUGGAAUUUGCUACGGAUGCAGAAACCGAUACAGGAAAGGAUACAGUUAUAGAUGGCUAUGGUACUGACUUUGAUAUAGAUAUGGAGGCGUGA